UCUAAGAAUUAUGCAUUUAUCACUUGGGUUCACAAGCCUUCAAUGAUCGCAAAAGAAUAGAGUCAAGCAUUUGAGUCCUUCUACGUGCAGAAAGCCUCUCCUGAGCCUCUCAUCUUGAUUCCCUCCUAUACCUGGCAUGUCCACUUUCAACAUUUCUGAAGUGGCAAUCUCUACCUUCUUCCUGAUUGGGAUCCCAGGGUUGGAACAUGCUCACAUUUGGGUCUCCAUCCCCAUUUGCCUCACAUAUCUCAUUGCCAUCCUGGGGAACUCUACCAUUUUGUUUUUUAUAAAAACAGAGCCUUCUCUGCAUGAACCCAUGUAUUACUUUCUUUCCAUGUUGGCUCUCUCUGACCUGGGAUUGUCUCUCUCCUCUCUCCCUACCAUGCUAAGGAUAUUCUUGUUCAAUGCUCCAGAAAUUUCCCCUGAUGCCUGUAUCGCUCAAGAGUUUUUCAUUCAUGGAUUCUCAGCUAUGGAGUCAUCAGUACUUCUCAUCAUGUCUUUUGAUCGCUUUAUUGCCAUCUGCAAUCCUUUGAGAUACACCUCCAUCCUGUCUAGUGCCAGAGUCACCAAAAUUGGGCUUGCUUUUUCUCUCAAAAAUGUUUUGUUGAUCCUCCCUUUCCCUGUCACUCUAAAAUAUCUAAGAUACUGUAAGAAGAAUCUCCUUUCCCACUCCUACUGCCUCCAUCAGGAUGUCAUGAAGCUGGCCUGUUCUGACAACAGGGUCAAUGUCAUCUAUGGCUUAUUUGUGGCUCUCACAGGUAUCCUAGACUUAACAUUUAUUUUUAUGUCCUACGUGCUGAUACUGAAAGCAGUGUUGAGCAUAGCAUCACAGAGGGAAAGGCUUAAGGUCCUCAAUACAUGCAUUUCCCACAUCUGUGCUGUGCUCAUCUUCUAUGUGCCCAUUAUGUCCCUAGCUGUUAUUUACCGGUCUGCCAAGCACAGUUCCCCAAUCAUUAGGAUCCUCAUGGCUGAUGUGUUCCUUUUGGUACCUCCAUUGAUGAACCCCAUUGUAUACUGUGUAAAGAGCCAGCAGAUAAGAAAUUUGGUCUUAGGGAAGCUGUGUCAGAAACACGGCUGACAGGGAUUCUGAACUACAGUGAAAACCCAAUCAGUAAAUGACAUAGAACAAGCAGAAAGAAUCAAUAAGGAAUCAUACCAUAUAUUAUGAUGAUAUCAUCUCUCAAUAUGUUUAUUAACAUUAAAGAUCAGCCUUGCAGAUUUGUUGGUUUAGGAUUUAGGAUUUAGGAUUAGAGCUUUUACAGAAACAUAAAACGUCUAUGGUUCCACUUUCACCCAGCUUGCUUUAUUAGCCUUAUGAACAUGACAUAUGCUUGCUAUGUUCAUCAUGUUUAAAGUAUUAUUCUGUGUGUUUAUUUGAAAAUUAACAGUAUACAUUUAUAUGACAACUGGAUAGUGAUCAGAAGUGACAGAAGAUUGCCUCUUCUUUAAAAAUCUCCCUCUUCAACACAUAGUUUUCCCUUUUAUUCAACUGAAGUUGAAAUGGGCAGUGACUGGCACACAUGGAUCCAAUGACACAAAUAUGUACACAGGCAGAGGGUAUAAAAUGGUACAAAUUUCAUUCAUUCAUUCAUUUCAAUAUUUCCUUCCUGAGCUUUAAAAUAUCACUUUAUAAGUUAUGCAUGGCAGAAAGUUUCCUUCUUCCAUGUUUCUAUGGGAGUUCUACCUAAUGCCAUAACUCAUCAUACUGUAUGUGAUUUGUGUCUCU